AUUCUCCAUUCGUCCAGUCACACUCUCGUCUCGCUGUCGUGAGUAGCAUCAGAUCUUGAAUACACAAUGGCAGAAGUAGCUCCAGCUCCCGCCGCCGCCGCCGCCGCUCCGGCUAAAGCCGCCAAGAAGAAGGCGAGCAAGCCCAAGAAGGUCGGCCCCAGCGUCAGAGACCUGAUCGUCAAGGCUGUGUCUGCAUCCAAGGAGAGAAGCGGAGUGUCUCUGGCCGCUCUCAAGAAGGCUCUGACUGCCGGAGGCUACGAUGUGGACAAGAACAAGGCUCGCGUCAAGACCGCCGUCAAGGCUCUGGUGCUCAAGGGGACUCUGGUCCAGACCAAGGGGACCGGAGCAUCCGGCUCUUUCAAGAUCAGCAAGAAGGUGGCCGAGCCCAAAGCCAAGAAGCCGGCCAAGAAGGCUCCUGCUAAAGCCAAGAAGCCCGCAGCCAAGAAACUCGCAGCGGCCAAGAAGCCCAAAGCUGCGGCCAAGAAGCCAGCAGCCGCCAAGAAGUCCCCCAAGAAGCCCAAGAAACCCGCAGCCGCCAAGAAACCUGCCAAGAGCCCCAAGAAGGCCGCCAAGAGCCCCAAGAAGGUGGCCAAGAAGGCUCCUGCAGCCAAGAAGGCUCCCGCAAAGAAGACUGCCAAGCCCAAAGCCAAGAAGGCAGCAGCACCCAAGAAGAAGUGAGCCCUCACCAACACCUGACACCUCCUCAACAAAGGCUCUUUUCAGAGCCACCCA